AUGGCGCCUGCAUCGUCUGCAUCCUCGUCAGACGGCGACGAGAAGGUCCAAUACCUCGCGACGUCUCUCUCUGGGCUGCCUGUGCGCGUCCCUGGCCAGCAGGACGGGCUGGAGAACGGCAAGGGCGAGCCGAAGGGACUCAAGGACACGCUUGACCUCGCCACCAACUCGCAGAACCCGGCCGACGUCGCAGCCAAACUCGAGCAGAAGCGCCUCGAGCACGAAAAGCAGCGCGCGGCUCAGAAAAAGGCCUUCGAGGAGCAGAUGAAGCAGCUCGAGCUCCAGCAGCAGCUCGAGGAGCAGGCUCUCCUCGCCGCGUCUGGAGGCGCCGGCAAGUCCUCGGGUCCCGUUCGCUCUCGCUCCGGCAACGACCUCGCCUCGUUCAACACCGCGAACGGCAGCGCCGCCGCCGGUGAGGCUGGCGUCGCGUCGAGCGCGUCCAAGUACGCUUCGGCCAAGUCGAUGCCUGGCUCGAGGAGGCACUCGGGCGAGAUCAAGGACGAGCAGGCCAAGGACGGCCAGGAUGGCGUCAGGAAGGUCAAUGGCCAGCAGAAGGACGCGGACGGCAAGCCCAUGUUGAACAGCUUCCUGUUCGACGACGAGCUUGACGCCGACCUCCAGAACUCGGCCUGGGGCGGCAAGUACCUCCAGAUGAACACGGACGACGACAAGUUCCCCAUUCUCGUCCGUCGCGGCUCUGGCACCGGCCUCACUCCUGCCCGUGCUGGCGCUACCGGCGAGUGGCCCGCCUUUGCUGGCGGUCAGCCCACCGUCUCGGCCGCUGCCACGUCCGUGCCUGCGACUCCUGCCGCUGGCGUCAGUCCCGGCGGCCGCAGCUCCGCCCUCCCUCCUCCCAACAAGAGCGAGCGCGCUUCGCCUACCGGUGCCGUCAAGAUCAACGGUGCCGUCGGCGCCGGCGUCGUCGACGCCCUCGGCGACCAGUUCUCGAACUUCUCGAUCGACACCAAGGCCUUUUCGCCCUCGCCGAACGUCGACGUCCCCUCCCUCUCGACUCCCUUCCUCGGUGGCGGCGCCAGCAGCUACGUCCACGACCACGGCGCGUUCGUCUACGGCGGCCCGACGGGCGGCGCAGGCGGUCGCAACGAGGGCAUGGGCGCGAACCGCUUUGCCGGCCUUCGCCUCGAGGACCUCCAGGGCGACAUGCUCUCGCUCUGCAAGGACCAGUUCGGCUGCCGCUACCUGCAGAAGAAGCUCGAGGACGGCAACCCCGAGCACCGCGACAUGAUCUACAACGAGGUCUUCCCGCACUUUGCCGAGCUCAUGAGCGACCCCUUCGCCAACUACCUCGCCCAGCGCCUCCUCGAGCAUGCGACGGACGAGCAGCGCGACGCGCUCAUCGAGUCGAUCUCGGGCGAACUCGUCACCAUCUCGCUCAACAUGCACGGAACACGCGCCGUCCAGAAGAUGAUCGACUGCCUCUCGACCCGUCGCCAGGUCCAGUCGCUCAUCCUCGCGCUCAACCUCAACGUCGUCACCCUCAUCAAGGACCUCAACGGCAACCACGUGAUCCAGAAGUGCCUGAAUGCCCUCCCUCCGGAGGACAAUCAGUUCAUCUACAACGCUGUUGCGACGCACUGCAUCGAAGUUGCCACUCACAGGCACGGAUGCUGCGUCCUUCAGCGUUGUAUCGACCACGCCUCGGAGAGCCAGCGCAUCCAGCUCGUCACCGAGAUCACGUACAACUCGCUCACGCUCGUCCAGGACGCCUUCGGCAACUACGUCGUCCAGUACGUCCUCGACUUGAACGACAACCGCUUCAUUGAGGCCAUCGUCCGCCAGUUCCUCGGCAACGUCUCGGCCCUCUCGGCACAGAAGUUCUCGUCAAACGUCGUCGAGAAGUGCAUUCGCGUCGCCGACGCCACCGGUCGCCGCGCCAUCAUCGACGAGCUCCUUGUCAAGAACCGCCUCGAGCGCCUCCUGCGCGACUCGUUCGCCAAC